AUUGUGUUUUCACGUCCCACUUUCAUGUUCAAUUCGACAUCCCGUUAUGUGUUGAUUAUUGUUCAAAAUUAAAUUUUAAUGUUUAUGAAAUUAUAAUGACGACUCGUCAGAAAAACGGUCGAGACUAUGUCGUACCAGCAAGUUCGUCACAGGACGUGCAGCCAUCCCCCCUCGCACUUUUGGCAGCUACCUGCAGCAAGAUUGGAGCCCCUCCCGACGACGCCUUCAGCCAGAAUGGUGGAACGCCUGUGCGGGUUGUAGGGGCGGGACAAUCAGGAGCUGGUGGGGAGAUCGUAACCCCCUCUUGGGUUCAGCUUCCCCAGCAAGGCGCCAUCAUUGAUGCCACUGGCAAUUCUGGGAAAACGUCCGGUACAGUCAUCUCCGGUCAACAAGGACAACAGUUUCUACAACAGAAUCAGAUCGUGGCUUCAGCUGGACCCAAUGGUAACAUAACGUACAAUGUUAUACCGGCACCCCAGUACCAGACUAUUACUAUUGAUGGACAGGAAGCCAUAGUAAUUCCUGCUGGAAACAACACCACAGCCGGUCAGCCAUUUAUCCAAGCUGCCGGAAAUGUUGGUCAAGGCAUGUCUAUGAUCACACCUUCUGGACAGAUCAUCCGAACUGGAGGAAUGCCAGGAACCAAUGUCAUCCAAAACAUGGGUGGCUACCUUGGUGGAAAUGUUAUGAACCUUGGUGGAACUAUGGUUAAUCUUGGUGGCAUGCAGACAGUGAGAACUGCUGGAGGUGGUUUGAUGCAGGUACAGCUUCCAAUGAAUCAAGUCCAACAGCAGAUGCCAACCAUGAUUCAGAUUCCAGUGUCACUUGGAAAUGGCCAGACAGCAAUGCAGACCAUCCAGUUGCCCAUCCAAACUUUUCAACAAACAAUCCAGCCUCAGCAGAUUCAAGGGUCUACAAACAUGACCAGUAUGGGCAACAACAGCAUGACAACGGUCGCUGGAGCAACAUCUGGUACUACGCCAACACAAACCAUGACAGUACCACUUACACAGGGUAUGGCAACCCAGUACAAUCCCAACACAGUCCUCAAUACAGCCAUCCAACCUGCCCAACAGACACAACAAACACAACAGUCUGAAAUUGUGGAUGUGAAACCGGAACCAACUAAAUGUUCUACACCACAACUCCAGAUUAGUGCUGCAAAUAGUUCGCCAUCUGUAACACCAACGAUGAAUCAAACUAAUAAUAACAACAACAAUAAUAAUCAAAAUCAAGUUUUUUUCCCAAAUGCACAAGGAAACAACAACUUUGCCACGUUACAGAAUAUCACACUGCCUAAUGGUGGUACUCUACCUGCACUGGUGCCAGUUUCCAUGUUUAAUUCUGGUAACAAUCAAGUUUUUCUUCCAACGUCCCAGUUCUCGACGUCCAGUAGUCAGAAUACAAUAACUGUGCCAUCAUAUCCACAGACUGUAACAACAAGCACAGCAUCAUCUUCAUCUCCGCAAGUAUCAGCAUCAGCUGUUCAGUCAACUCAAAGUAACCAGGCUGGAUCCAAUGUCCUUACAAAUAUUGUUACUCCACAACAGUUAAUGCAGGCAGGAUUCAGUGCUCAAAAUAUUGCCAACUUACAACUGGGAGUGGCUGGACAAGGACAAAUGAUUUCUCCCAACUGGCUUCAAGCCACUCCAUUGAACAUUCCUAAUUUACGACAACAGAAUCUUCAGACAAUACAAGUUUCAAAUUUACAAGGUGUGCAAAACUUACAAGGGUUUCAGCCUGUUCAAAACAUUCAGAAUUUACAGACAAUUCAGGCAGUGUCAUCACAAGGACAGAAUAUAAUUAAUGCUACGAUUCCAAACUCUGGAAAUAGUGGAACUUUAUCUCUUGGUGGUAUUAAUACCAGUGGAGGAAUACAACAGCAGAUACUUCCACAACAAGUCCAGAACAUCCAGACAAUAGGUGGACAACAGAUUGCUACCAGUACUCCCCAGAUCAUUAAUGUAAGUGGUGGAGCGUUACAGACUUUACAACAAGAUCCAAAUGAUCCCAACAAAUGGCAGGUUGUCACAACACAGUCGACUGCCUCUACUCCCAGUGCUCUCAGUCCCACCCAGACGACGGGUGAGCCUGUUACACCAGGUAGACGUCUACGCCGUGUAGCUUGUACCUGUCCUAACUGUGUAAAUGACACUAGAGGUUCGAGCAGUCAAACGGGAGAGUAUAAAAGAAAACAACAUAUAUGUCAUAUAACUGGUUGUGGCAAGGUUUAUGGUAAAACAUCACAUUUGCGUGCUCAUCUUCGAUGGCAUACAGGUGAAAGACCGUUUGUUUGUAAUUGGUUGUUUUGUGGUAAACGAUUUACAAGAUCUGAUGAACUACAGAGACAUAAACGUACACACACAGGAGAGAAAAGAUUUGAAUGCAGUGAGUGUAGUAAGAAGUUUAUGAGAAGUGAUCAUCUUUCUAAACAUAUUAAAACACAUCAAAAUAAACGGGUUUCACAACCAGAAUCGGAGACUAUAGCAGAUGGUGAAGAGGGUGAAGACAAUGAUGGUGACGGCGAUGGUGAUGAUGCUAUGGUGAUGGUCACACUGGCUGAUAGCGAAAAUGCAGAAGCAUCCGAGUUACAUGGAACACCGGUCAAAAUAUCACUAGAAGCCAUGACACAGCAAUUACAAGAACCGACUUAGUGUUAGUUGUCAAUCUGUGUCUGACAGCAUGCUAUUAGAUAAAAAUGUGUCUUCACAUAUUGACUGUCAUGUCUUGACGAACAUCGAAAUAUUGACGUAACAAGAUAUUGACAGAUCCGUAUUUUGAUCUGAACUGUAGGAUUACUGUCUUACAUUCAGAUGUUUUAUUCCCAGGAUUAGUUGUAUGUUACAUAUUGUGACAAAUCCUUGCUUUGCAUUCUUUUUCUAGAAUUUGGAUCAUGAUUUGUUCUACAAAACAUCUAACACACGUCAAUUGUUGAUAUCUGGAGUUUUUUGAGAUUCGGAUGUUGUGUCUCUCGAAAUAUUUGAGACUUGGAUAUUCAUACACAAGUUAUUUGAGACUCAGAUGUUCAAACGCAAGUUAUUUGAGACCCAGAUGUUCAAACGCGAGUUACUUGAGACUCAGAUGUACAAAUGCGAGUUAUUUGAAACUCAGAUGUUGUGUCUUGAAAUAUUUUAGACUCUGAUGUUCAAACGUGAGUUAUUUGAGACUAGGAUGUUGUGUCUUGAAAUAUUUUAAACUUGGAUGUUGUGUCUUAAAGAAAUAUUUUAGACUCAGAUGUUGUAACGCAAGUUAUUUGAGACUUGGAUGUUCAAAUACGAGUUAUUUUAGACCCAGAUGUUUAGUGGUCAAGUUUUUUGUGGACAGUUUGCUCCAGUUACAGGAACUACCAGCUUAUUCAAUCCCUGCAAAACUGAUCCGAGAAUAUGAAAGAUACUUUUCAAGUGUGUAAUUAAAGCUGAUGAUCGUCAUCUGCCAUUCAGUAUGCACAAAGGUGUGAUUAAUGGUUAAUACAUUCAGUAACCUCUGCAGAUGAUCUAAACAAUCCACGGGGUACAAAUUAUUUUAAUGAGCCUCUUUUUCAUCCAAUUGCAUCAAAGCCGACGCCCGACAGAUUAUCUACUAUUGAUGUUUUGGUUUUGUUUUAAUCAGAUAUUGUCUGAUGUGUGUAUAUCAUGUAUGCGUACAGGGUAGAUAAAGGGAGAUAAUUAUUCAUGGUUUGACAUGUCCAUGAAGUAAAAUAUUAAUUAUUAUAUGUUAUUCCAUUCCAUUUGUUACUACAUGUAGAUGUUGUAAGAUGUUCUGUGAUUUAGAAUUCAGUUAGUGCUUUUCUGAAACAAUUAAUAAACCCCUAUUCGUGUUGGCCUUAGUAAAACAUAUUGUGGCAUGGAUAUUCAUGUAUGACAUCUCUUCACCAAAGUUGGUCAUUCUCAAUUGUUGUUGUAACAGGAAGGAGGUCUUACUUGAAGGGUUGUACUUGGGUCUUCUGGUAAGCAGUAGGUGGGUGCGGGGGGUCGUACAUGGUUGGCUAGCCCGAAAACCAGAACUGAUUAAUUACAAUAGAUACAAACUCUUUAAUUCAAGUAAAAUUAAUAAUCAUCACCCCCUAUGGUGAUGAUAACCAUGAGUUAGAACUCUCCCUGGUUACCAGGGUAAUCAUGAGUUAUAACUCUUGUAACCAGGGUAACUGACUUCCUGGUGUAGUAACCAGUACAUAUUUACCGUAUUACAAUCAUGAGACUCUUCUUCCUAGAUUAAACACAAAAUUCUGUCUUGAAAGGUUUUAGUAAGGUACCGUACCUUUUGUUACAGUGUACAUGUUAAAGUAGACAAUAAUUUCAAAAUGCAAUUGGAAUAUAACUUAUAAAUGAAAUAUUCUUAAAUUAAUGAAAUAAUAUUUUUCUUAAGCUUUUGUUAGAUUACCCAUGCCACAGGUAGCCUGCCUGCGUCCGGGCCCCCAAGAGUUUGGGGUUCCUUAGAAAGUUUGAAUAAAGAAUAACAACAACAAAAAUUAUAUGAACGUCUGAGUAAAGAAGACAACGUUUAUUGAUUUAACUAAUAUAAUUUAAAAUAUGACGCAGGGGUCACUGAACAAUUUGGCAUUGUUGAACAUGUGACUUUACUCUGGAAUUGAACGUUUCGGAUAUCAUUGAUUCCUUUAAUGCAGUAAAGGCAUAUACAUGUAUCAACAAUUUGAUUGAAGUUUACUGAACAACAAUUUGACAUACAUUGCUAACCGUUCAGUGAUUUAAAGUUGUAUCCUUCUAUUUACUACAUUUGUCUUCAGAUAAAUACCCUGGUAAUAAUUCAAUUUCAAUAUAAACUUAAUUUGGCAGGGCACCUUAUAAUCUGGCACUGUCUAGGAAGGAGCAAAAGAUAUGUAUGAUUUAAUUAAUUUGUGUGUAUGAAUUGUCUCAGCCAGCCAUGUUUUUUUUUUUUAUAUAGAUUUUCACAAAUUUCAUAUUCAGUGUGAAUUGAGUAUACAUGUUCAUAUCUGUAAUAGUUAAAUUCUUGUUGUGUUAUUUACUGCUAUAUGAAUCAAUCUCUUUCAAACUACAAUAUUGUGAAAAUUUCUUCUCUAAUAUGAAUAUCAGUCCAAAAUAGUUCAAUUCCAUUUAGUAUUUACAAAGUUAUGAUAGAUUGAAAUUUCAUUGAUUUAUGCUGCUCGAGCACAUAACAAGAUACCACCUAGUUUAGAUUGAAUCCAAGCCGAGAGAUCACCUUUAGAUUUUGUUUUCCUAAUUAAUUGUUAAACAUACAUUAUGCAAGAGCUAAAUCUGCCUAUUGCAGAUCUUUCUUUAGGCCUGAAAUGUUAUCUAAAUUAUUAAUUAGACAUUUAUUAACAUAUCCUGACCAUAAUCAAGUCUCGAUGUCAACGCUAGCCUGCAAUAUUUACUGGAUUAGGAUCCGAUUUGCUGCUUAACUUUCAUUCAUUAUUUAACCAUGAAAUGGAUAAUCGAGACUAUGUUUUUUGUCGUACUGACUUUAGUAAUGGUGAUCGAGGCUAGGCCUAAAAUUCAAAAACUAAUAUCGCGGUUCUAGUGGAUCAAUUUGAAUGAAAUUUUCAGCAAAUUGCCUUUACAUUAUCUGGUUUUUAACUAUUAUAGUGAGAACUGCCAGCUCUUUAUCUAAUCUCCCAUAAUGUAUCUUUAAGUAAUCAGUCUGAGUACACAUAAUUAGUGUGUUUAAAGAUAGUUUAGCAAAAAUGCCAAUGACACAUACAUCAAGCCUUUAAAUUGAAAUUUAGCUUGUUAACCAAUAGGAAAGUGUUAAUUUCAUUUUAUAUAAUUAAUUUUCCUGAUAAUAAAUGUUAUUGUAUUUUGUACUAUACCUUGAACCUAUGUCCAUUAAAUGGUUACGGUAUCUUGUUCAAGUCAGUGCUUUUUGAUGACAUUUUAACUUGGAUAAAUAGGAGUUCUUCCCUCAGACUUCAACUCAAUUUAAGUAACAAAAAUAUGAAUUUCAGAAUUACAAUAAAAUGUGUGUAUAUUUCUAGAAUAUGAUGCUUAAAAAUGCAUUAUGUAAGUGCUAAACCCUCUAUGCCAUUGUCCAACCUCAUGGGUUUUCUCCGGGUCCUCCGGUUUCCUCCCACUGCUAAAGACCCCUAUGCGCAAGCGAAUUAUUGAAAUAAAAUUAAACCAUAUGUUAGUCCCGAAAUGACCUAGUUUGUGUCGAUUGGACGUUAAACCCCAUUUCUCUCUCUCUCUCUCUAUGCCUUUGCUUAGAUAUUGAUUGGAUUAGAACACCCUCACCAUUUAAUAAUUUAUAGAUAAAAUGAAGACUUUGUUUAUUGUUGUAACAAUAGUACUUAACAAUGAAGAUUGUUGAAACUUCAAAUACUCAUAAUUUCUGAGUCAUAAUUUGACUGAAAUUUUCUAUAUGUUCAUUUUUAUAAUCUAUUUUUAUACUAUUAUAGCAAGAAGGACCAGCUCUUUAUCUAAAUCUUACGUAAUGCAUAGUUAAUAUAAAUAAUAUUAGUAUAAAGAACCUUUGGUCAUAUGUUGUUCAGUUCUCAACUGUUAAAUAAAGAAUACAUGUAUGGGAAAUAUUUAUUAUCCAGAAUUCUUUCUAUUCAUAUAAUCCUCAACCAAAUAUGCCUAAUAAUAUCUGUAAAACAAAUAAUAUCUCUAAUACAAAUAAUUUCAAAAUAAGAAAAGGUGUAUGUACAAGAGUUUGUAUCCACAAUGAAUUAUCCUAAUAUUGUUACCAAAUUUUCUGUGGGAUACCUCUGAUUUCAUUUCAAUAAGUUUGAUGAUAUUCUGUAUUUUUAUCUGAUUUAUUCUGUGGUGCAAUAUUCCCCUAUUUUAUGAAGUAAUUUAACUGAACUGAAGUGACUUUAUAUUUUUGUAACUUUAUUUGGUUCAUUUUGUAGAAAACAACCAUUUUAUGUUGUCAUACCAUCAAAAUGUGUAAAAGUAUUUGAUGGCAUAAAUGUUAAUAUUUAUCAUAAAAUUUAAUUCAUGAAAUGCAUCAUUAAAAAUAGAGAUCUGGAGAAAAAAAUAAAUAUCAAAUAUUAAUUGUU